AUGUGGUGGCACAGCUGGAGCCAUUCUGACCUGUCCCCUGGAAGUGGUGAAGACACGUCUACAGUCAUCUCAGCAGACACUGCGGCCUCUGUGCCUCUCAGAGAUACAGCUGCCAGGGAUGAGUGUGAGGCUGACAAAUCCCAACCCACCAUCUCCUGGAGUACUCAAGUUGCUGAGGGCCAUCCUUGAGAAGGAAGGCCUGCGAUCCUUGUUCCGAGGUCUGGGUCCAAACCUCGCUGGGGUGGCUCCUUCACGGGCUAUAUAUUUUGCUGCCUAUUCUAGUGCUAAGGAGAGGCUCAAUGCUGUCCUUGUACCGGAGUCCAAGAAAGUACACAUACUAGCAGCAACCUGUGCAGGCAUUAGCUCGGCCACACUCACCAACCCAAUCUGGUUAGUGAAAACCAGGAUGCAGCUGGAAGCCAGGGUGAAGGGCGAGAUGGCCAGCAAUGCUCUCCAAUGUGCCAUGCACGUGUACCGCACUGAAGGCUUUCGUGGAUUUUACCGAGGUAUCACUGCCUCCUAUGCUGGAGUGUCAGAGACCAUCAUACACUUUGUCAUCUAUGAAGCACUGAAACAGCAGCUGAGAAACAACCAUCUUUCCCAUUCCCCACCACUCACACUUUCAACAAACAACCAUGAUUUCUUUGGACUAAUGGGUGCUGCUGCUGUCUCCAAAGCAUGUGCUUCAUGCAUUGCAUAUCCACAUGAAGUCAUUCGGACACGGUUGCGAGAAGAAGGGUCACGAUACCGUUCCUUUCUACAGACUCUGCAGCUUGUGGUCCAUGAAGAGGGACCCCCAGCAUUAUACCGAGGGCUCCUGGCUCAUUUGAUCCGCCAGAUCCCAAACGCAGCUAUCAUGAUGGCUACCUAUGAAGGCAUUGUAUAUUUGGCCUCUUCCACCUUGUAA